CUCUUUCGGUAACUUCCACGUGAUUCAGCCAUUUGAACUCUGGGGUUAACUGCGUCAGUCGCCUCAUUUAAAAACCACAGCCACGUUUUCAGAUCCCCGCAGAGGCAGCCGGAGGAGAAGGUCACACACCGGGCUGGGGGAGCGGUCGCUGCGACACAUCAGAGCUUUGCAGCCCGAUGCCCAGGAGAGCCCAGGCCACAGGGACAGGUCCUUGAUACCUCGAGUCAGCAAAGCCAACUCACACAGGAGUUUACAAUGUCAAGCAAUAUUUCAGAAUGCCAUAUCUAUGAAGACAUGGAACCUUUUACCUAUUUUUACUACUUGAUUUUUCUUAUGGGAAUUAUUGGAAGCUUUUUUGCACUGUGGGCAUUCACACAGAAGCAUCAGAAACACAAGCCUAUGAGCAUCUACUUAAUCAACCUCCUCACUGCAGAUUUCCUGUUAACUUUGACUUUGCCAAUGAAGAUUAUUGUUGACCUAGGAAUUGCGUCCUGGAAUCUGAGAAUAUUCCACUGCCAAGUUACAGCCUGUUUCAUCUAUCUGAACAUGUAUUUAUCAAUCAUAUUUUUGGGAUUCGUGAGCAUGGAUCGCUGCCUGCAGCUGAUGCACAGCUCUAAGAUCUACCGCAUCCAGGAGCCGGGCUUUGCCAAGACGCUGUCGGUGGUCCUGUGGCUCAUGAUUCUCCUCAUAACCGUGCCUAACAUGGCCAUUCCCAUACAACACAUCGAGGAGAGACCCGGCGCAGGAUGCAUCGACUUCAAAACGAAGUUUGGGAGGGACUGGCACGUGUUCACUAAUUUCAUCUGCACAGCGAUAUUCCUGAAUUUCUCGGCCGUGAUCCUGAUCUCCAAUUUCCUCGUCGUCAGACAGCUCUACCGCCACAAGUACAGCGAGAGCUACGGCAGCGUGAGGAAGGCGCUGACCCACAUCCUGCUGGUGACGGCCGGGUACCUGCUCUGCUUCGUGCCCUACCACGCCGUGCGCAUCCCCUACACGCUGAGCCAGAGGGACACCACGGCCAGCUGCCCCCUCAGGCGGGCCCUCUUCAAAGCCAAGGAGUCCACCCUGCUCUUUGCAGUCUCAAACCUCUGCUUCGACCCCAUUCUCUAUUACCACCUUUCCAAAUCCUUCCGGCUGAAGUUCACAGAGGCGUUUGCGGCCCCCAAGCAGACAAAGGCGCUCACAGACGUGGAGCUGCAGCACAGCAGUGAACAGCAGGUACACGGCCCCAGCUCUCAAACAUGGGCACAGAGUGAGCCCACCUGCAGCAGUGGACAGCAGGUACACCUCCCCAGCUCUCAAACAUGGGCACAGGGUGAGCCCACCAGCAGCAGUAAACAGCAGGUACACCUCCUCAGCUCUCAAACAUGGGCACAGGGUGAGCCCACCUGCAGCAGUGAACAGCAGGUACACCUCCUCAGCUCUCAAACAUGGGCACAGAGUGAGCCCACCUGCAGCAGUGACAGCUGUUGAGUGACUCUGCGCGCAGACACCGCGGGUGACGACGCUCCUGACAAUUCGUGAGCCCGAGCAGAAGGAAAAUCCUUGAUCAAUGAAUGCCCAUGGCUGUGUUCCACACUCACACAGGGGGUCUGAGCCCACAGAGCCUUCAGCAAUGCCUUCCACUCUGCUCAGUGAGCAGUGGUGACCCACCAGGGACCAGCAACGUGUAACAAUACGUGUUCAGACUCAAACAUACUUUAGAAUUAUUUAUGGCAAACACCUGAACUCACCUUUUCUAAGUUAAAUAUUGUGUAUUUACUAUAUUAAAUGACUUGGUGCAAUCGAGUGAAGAAAUUACUGAAUGGAAGUUCUUCAGCUGCAAAGUUUUUUUCACACACAUGAUUAACCCAAAAGCAUUUCAGAGGGCAUUAUUCACUCCAGACAGGGAUUUUAAACUGCACUGAUUAAAAAUUAUUGUAUCUGCCUAUAUCAUACCUGCAGUUUUUAUACAUAAAUUUCUUAUUCUUACCAAGUUCCAUUGCCUCUCCUUGCUGCUGCUUCAAUGAAUAGGAAAAAACCUAACAUGUUAUUAUAGAAAAUUCAAGCAAGUUUUAAAACAAAGAUAGAGUAUAAGUAUC